AUGCCACUUCACCUCCUCGGCAAGAAAUCAUGGAACGUCUACAACACAGACAACGUCGCCCGCGUCCGCCGUGACGAAGCCGAGGCCCGUGCUCGCGAGGAAGCUGAAGAGCAACGCAUGCAACAAGUCGACGCGGAACGUCGUCUAGCCAUUCUCCGCGGUGAAGUCCCGCCGUCUUUAGAGGAACCCGUCUCUUCAGCAGAUCCCAGCAACGACCCUGGACGACGCCGUCAUCGUGAACGCGACCUCUUGGCAGGAGGACGCAAGCGCAAGCGAGCAGGCGAAGAUGACACCGAUUUCGAAAUGAGGGUAGCGCGGGAACGUGCCAUGGUAGGGGCAAAUGCAGCGAGUGAGCUAUCUGGUCCGGUUGUGAAUUCGGCUUCCAGCACCACUGCGGCAUCGCUGGUUGAUAGCAAGGGUCAUAUCACGUUGUUUGCUGAAGAGGAGCUGAAGCUUGCGGAGAAGGGUGAGGAUCUAGAGACGGAAGCAGCGAAGAGAAAGCGUGAGGAAGCGGAACAGCAUCAGGUACGCUUUACUAGUGCGGCUGGUAGGGAUUCUGAAGGCUUGCUGGCGAAGAAUGGCCCCUGGUAUGCGACACCGGAUGGAGAUGUUGCUGCGCUGGUUCCAUCCAAGAAUGUGUUUGGGAAGGAGGAUCCAGGACGGAAGGCUCGUGAGGUGGAAAGACUGAGUGCAAGUGAUCCGCUUGCGAUGAUGAAGAGGGGUGCCAAGAUGAACAUCACAGGGAGAGACAAGACAGUAGAGGGCAUGGUGAUGAGUCCGACAGGCGGUCUCGGUCAGAAAGGCGGGAACGAGGCCGAUCGGGAAGUAGAUACCGGCACCGUGACCGUCACCAUGACCAUGACAGACAUCGUGAACGAGGUCAUCACCAUGAGGAAAGUGACAGAAACCGCGACGGAGAACGAAGUCGUGAGCAUGACAGAGACAGGGAGAGGAGAAGAGACCACUGUCGUGACAGGCACCACAGACGGUCUAGCAAGGAGCGAGACGACCACGAGCAUCGCAAGCACAGGGAUCGCGAUGGUCAUGAUGGUCAUGAUGGUAGGCAUGGCCGUCACCGACAUCAUCACCGAGCAGACAAGGUAG